GCGCAGCUGAGCAUCGAUGCCAAAUGGAGGCUUGGUUUGAAAUGUUGCUGUGAAGCUCUAGUCUAGAGUCAAAAACAUGCGCUGAUCUACCGUCUGAUCCCGACCGGAGAGUCUCUGCACCAUGGACAGCAGUGUUGAGGGGCCCGAGCAAGAGGGAAAAGAGAUCUCCUCAUCCCCAACUGGAUCAGAGUCGCCUGUAAUGGAUCGCAACCCGUCGCCGCCCCCGGACGCAUCCGGCGGAGUGGAGGAAGAAGACCUGGAUGCCAUCGGAGACACAGUUUACAGCAAACACUGGCUUUUCAGCACCCUUACUCGUCUUAUCCAUAUGGUCACAGAGCAGUCAGAAGAAAACCCUGAUGGACAGAUGGAGCUUUCUGAUGAUGAUGAGGGGGAUCUAUGUAAAGUCUGGGACAUGGCGAUGGAUAAGGAUGUGGCUGGUUUUCUGCAGGAGUUUAAAGCCACAGACAUUCUUCUUGGAGUGAUAGCCAAAUCUCGUUGCCCACGUCUCACAGAAAUCAGUGUAGGAAUCCUUGGGAACAUUGCAUGUUUUCCCGAAACUUGUGCAACUCUCAGUCAAAAUGAAGACUUGGGUUCUGUGCUGCUGCUGCUCCUUGGGGACACAGAUCCUCCCACAAUUCUGGAAACAAGCAGAUUGCUGCUGACCUGCGUUUCUCAGAAAGACGUCUGCUCGCUGUGGCUUCAGAGGAUACGGCAGCACACAUCUGUGCGCACCAACCUUUGCUUCAUCAUGUGCAGCUCUACCAACACUGACCUGCUUGAGAGGGUGGGAGAGCUGGUGGACAAACUGUUUGACUUGGAUGAAGAGCUGAUGAAGGCCUGGAUCACGGCUCAGCCGAGCGAGGAGAAGGAGGGCGAGAGCGAAAGCCAUCUGGACGUGACCUUGUGCCUUCUUGAAGCAGCCAAGCAGCUGAGAUCGGAGAAUCUGAACAGCGUAGAGGUUUAUCUUCACAUCCUCCAUCUCCUCACCACUAUAGACGAAGGCAUGCAAGUCUUUGCUUCCCCGAACGGACCGGCUAAGCUGGUGUGGGACUUCGUCAGUGGCGUUGUGUGCGAGGAGCUCUGUCAGCCAAGCGAUCCUCCGGUUGUUCUGCAUGAACAGAAGAGCAUUUUGCUUCAGUCAUUUGCGGUGCUGCAGGCUCUUUAUAAAUGUCAGGAUCAAAAAUGCAACGGGAGUAACAUGUUGCUGCCUCUUAUCGGGACCCUCCUACGUGUGUGCCAGUACCACACCGAGUGCAAAGAAAGCAACACGAACGAAGAGGAUGCAAACGACGAACAGCUUCAAACCCUUGCAGAGAUCACAGCUGAGUUUUUAGCUCACCUCUGCAGUAACAUUCCCAAGGACACAGUUGUAGAUUUGGUAAAGCAAGGUUACCUGACAGAGAAAACUUGUCUCACAGCUGCAGCAAGUUUACUUCCAGAGUUCAACACCUCACUUCAGCACCUGCAGGCCAUGUUGUCAGAGGCUGAUCCCCAGUUGGCAGAUGUGUUGAAGAGACAGUUUCCUGUCUGAGGCAUCCUCCAGAUCAGUGUUCAGCACUCAUUCAGACUCUCAAUUGUGCUUUUUAUAGCUGCCUGUAUUUCAUCUCCAGCGAUCCUGCCUCGGCUCAGACUAUUUGCAUUUCCACUGGAAAGACAGCUGAACAAAAGGCGUCACUCACUUCCAAACUGCUGCUCCUAACUGAAGUUCGUAAAAAUAAAGUUGUGUUUGUAUUUGUUUUCAAAGUACUAUUUUUGUAUUGAGUUACCAGCAGCCUUUCAUUAAAGAUAAUCUGUCCCAUUAAGUUCCGAUGGACCGUUAUUCUCAUGGGCGGAGGGAUCGAUUUCA